AUUGUUUCUUAGGGUGCUUUAUAUGAAUAAGGGUUGCGCUUAGCCCUUAGCAUAGCUGAAGUGAAGAACUGCAGGAAGAAAUCAGAGGAAUUAUGUCGGGGGGCAUUGCGCGCGGCCGUCUCGCUGAGGAACGGAAGUCAUGGCGGAAGAAUCAUCCCCACGGUUUCGUUGCGAAGCCGGAAACGCUGCCUGAUGGUUCCGUCAAUCUAAUGAUUUGGCACUGCACGAUCCCCGGCAAGCAAGGGACAGAAUGGGAAGGCGGUUACUUUCCUCUAACACUCCACUUCAGCGAGGACUACCCUAGCAAACCCCCGAAGUGCAAGUUCCCUCCAGGCUUCUUUCAUCCAAAUGUAUAUCCAUCUGGUACAGUAUGCCUAUCCAUUCUCAACGAGGACAGUGGAUGGAGACCUGCCAUCACUGUAAAACAAAUUCUUGUAGGAAUACAGGAUUUGCUUGAUCAGCCUAAUCCAGCUGAUCCUGCUCAGACUGAUGGAUACCAUCUCUUCAUUCAGGAUCCGGUGGAGUACAAAAUAAGGGUGAAGCAUCAGGCGAAGCAAUACCCUCCGCUUGUUUAGGGUAUGUUUGAUAGCUUUUGCAACUUGUUUGGUUCAUUGAACAUUUGUGAUUACUGCUGUGAAGGAUAUUGGAUUGGAACUGGAGUGUGUGUGUGUACUACGAUGCCCUUACGACAACCAAAUGAAGGCAUUACAUGUACUUGAUACAGGGCUUACCUGCUGUUUGAUAUGAAGUUUGUGCUUAACUUUUGCCUGUUCA